AUUUUCCACAGGCACAUGCUUGGAACAGUCGCGCCCUUCCUCUCGCCAGCAAAUUGAAGAAUGUCGGCUUCCUUCAACCUUGCAAGUUGGAGUUUGUGCAACGUUCAUAGCUAGCGAAUGGGCCAGGUGAACUUCACAAUGCUGAUUCGCAAAGGGUUGAUACCCUGUGAAGAGCGUGGGCAGACAAGAAGCGUUGAAGCUCUGGAUCCCGAAUGGGAAACAAACGUUCUAGUAACCUAGUAUGGCUGCAGCUUUUGACGGUAUUGUCGGGUGUACUACUGGGAGGGGCGCUUGUGAAGGCGGCAGAGACCAGUGGGGCGGAUGCAAAAGCUUCUUUGUUUCUGGACUGGCUCCAUGAGGGAGGCGCUGACAUCAGCGGGGUGGCCCUGAGUGACUUCAUCGACGGCCGUCCUGUGUCCUCCCUGGGCGCGUGUUCCCAGGACGGCAUCAGCUGCUACCGAGGCGUUGUGGCGACACAAGACAUCAGCGCGGGAGCGACCGUUGUGUCCAUUCCACUCAAUCUGGGGGUGUACGACUUCGAUGGCGCUGCUGGCUUGCCUGAACCUUAUGCAGAGUCUAUACCCGAAACUCGACUGGCUGCCUGGCUGUGUCGUCAGAGGUCCCUGGGCUCGACCUCUCGGUUCGCCCCGUAUCUGGACAUGCUUCCCAAAGCCAUCCCCAUGCCGCUGUUCUACCAAAAUAAGGAGGCCGAAGCGGCCGCGCUCCUGCCGUGCCAUGCGGGCAUGCAGGAGCUGCUGAACUGGACCCGGGACGAGUUCGACAAGAGCAACCCAGAUGCGCUGGGGGGCGCUUCCUUCGUGACCUUCAAGUGGGCGUUCGCCAUCGUGCUAAGCCGGACAUUCGAGACGCGGGUUCUGCUCGGGGGCUCCGAAGACGGCGCCUUGUCCGCGAUGAUCAUGAUGCUGCCCUUUGCGGAUAUGAUCAAUCACAGCCCCCACAACCAGCUGGUGUGGCAGUUGGACGACGGCGGGCAGCGCUUUGAGAUGACCGCGACGCGCGACAUCGCGAAAGGGGAGGAGGUGUUCACGACGUACGGGAGCAAGACCAACGAGCAGUGGCUGCUCUACUACGGCUACGUACCCGAAGACAACCCCGCAGACCGGAUGCCUCUCUUCGACACCUAUGAAGACGCAGCAGCCUGGUACAUCCAGUCCCGACCGCCACCGCAUACCGCGCCGUCUGCUAAGAAGGUCACUGCCGCUAUUGCUGCCGCCGUCAAGGCGGCGCAAGAAACGUUGAGCGAUGAAACGGACGAAGGAUUAGCCCUUUCAGAAAAGGAAGCGGACAAACGCUUGUGGGCGAUAUUUGCGACUCUGUGGGUGCAUCUGGAUUCAAAGAACGAGUUAGGUUACGCUUGCUCCCAGUCGGUCUCGUUAUGGAGCUUCCGUAGGAGGUCGGAAUGCGAAGUGAUUGCGGGUUUGGCGGCCCAAAGGGCUCUGAUUCGUCUGUACAAAAGCACGUUGGAGAGGUUUGAUGAAAGCGUUGUCAAGCUGAGACGGCAGAUUAAGCGGUUUGGAAGGGGAAAGGGCGCUGUAUAUACGAACUUGCAGGUUUUGGAGAGAUAUGCGUUGCAAAGGAAGGAGCUUGUAGAGAGGGCGUUGGCAAUUGUUCAACAGGGGGUUGCGGAUGAGGAGCUCAAAAGGAAGACUUCCAAGGAACUAUGAAAUGGAAGUAGCGACAAUGCUUCGAUUCUAAAGUUGUAAUUUGCCUUAAAGGGUAUACCUCGAGGAUUUUGUACUCCCAACGGUGGAAGUUGCAUAAGAAUGAGUCGGACACACGUACCAAGUCUGGCGACAACAUGCGCACGUGUACGGGACA